AGAGCGAGGGAGACGGGGAGAGAGAUAUGGAGAGAGCGAGGGAGACGGGGAGAGAGAUGUGGAGAGAGAUAAACGCAGCAUCUCAACGUAGGAAAAUAAUGUAAAACACGUUAUAUUUUGUGAGUUUGUUGGCAAGUCAGCGCUGUGGUUGUCAACAAGAGAGCCUUAAAGUGGACUGAGAAGCCCAAAGAGUUAGAAACGAGGGAAACGCUCCCUCGUAAAAGUUCAGUUCUGACUGAGGUUCUGCUGCUGAGGUGUGCACGAGACUCCGCUAGCAUUAGCCCCAUCGGCUAACAGCACUCCGGUCAGCUAAAGUUCGCUUCCCCAGUGGACUGAAUCAGCGAGACUGAGUACCAGGUACAAGUGCACCGUUUUCACCUCCACCCUCACCAGAUAGCGGUCUGAGCUGCCGCGAGGCUCAGACUUCCUCUGGCAACGCUGGAUUUCCCUCUCAGAAGCAAGACUGCAGCUCUCUACUCCAUUCCACUCCACGGACCUGAGUAGGCCAAGUGUUUCUUCUGGCGCGAAAGUUCGCGAAGCGGCCAUUUAGUUGAGGCCACAACGUUCUCUACAAGCAGCUAUUCAGGCCUGCAACGUACACACACACAGACACUACAGAAAAAGGGAAAUGAAAAUAUUCUCCUGAAAUUCAUCACCAACAACCAGGAUAUUUAUCAAAAGAUCAAAGUUAAACUGCUGAAAGAGGUGAAGCACAAGCCAUCCAGAAGAAUCUCCAGAACACGCAGAAAUUGUUUGCUACAUUUAACAGACAAAUAAAGCAAAGUCCCGACAUGGAGAAACAUCAGCACUCUGUCAAGAGUUUUACUAAACAGAGUGAUCUCAAAAAACACCAGCGCAUUCACACAGGAGAGAUACCGUAUCAAUGCUCAGACUGUGGGAAGAGUUUUAAUCAACAGGGUCAUCUCAAAAAACACCAGCGCAUUCACACAGGAGAGAAACCGUAUCAAUGCUCAGACUGUGGAAACAGUUUUAAUCAACAGGGUAAUCUCAAAAAACAUCAGCGCAUUCACACAGGAGUAAAACCGUAUCAAUGCUCAGAGUGUGGGGGGAGUUUUAAUCGGCAGAGUCAUCUCCAACAACACCAGCGCAUUCACACAGGAGAGAAACCGUAUCACUGCUCAGACUGUGGAAAGAGUUUUAAUCAACAGAGUAAUCUCAAACUGCACCAGCGCAUUCACACAGGAGAGAAACCGUACCACUGCUCAGACUGUGGAAAGAGUUUUAAUCAACAGAGUCAUCUCAAAAUACACCAGCGCAUUCACACUGGAGUAAAACCAUAUUACUGCUCAGACUGUGGGAAGAUUUUUACUACCCAGAGUGCUCUCAAAAUACACCAGCGCAUUCACACAGGAGAGAAACCGUAUCGUUGCUCAGACUGUGGGAGGAGUUUUACAGCACAGAGUAAUCUCAAAAAACACCAGCGCAUUCACACAGGAGAGAAACCGUAUCACUGCUCAGACUGUGGGAAGAGCUUUAAUCGACUGGGGACUCUCAAACUGCAUCAGCGCAUUCACACAGGAGAGAAACCGUAUCACUGCUCAGACUGUGGGAAGAGUUUUAAUCAACAGAGUGAUCUUAAAAAACACCAGCGCAUUCACACAGGAGAGAAACCUUAUUACUGCUCAGACUGUGGGAAAAGUUUUACUACCCAGAGUGCUCUCAAACAACAUCAGCGCAUUCACACAGGAGAGAAACCGUAUCACUGCUUAGACUGUGGGAAGAGUUUUACUAAACAGAUUAAACUCAAAAUACACCAGCGCAUUCAUACAGGAGAGAAACCGUAUCACUGCUCGGACUGUGGGAAGAGCUUUAAUCGACUGGGGACUCUCAAACUGCAUCAGCGCAUUCACACAGGAGAGAAACCGUAUCACUGCUCGGACUGUGGGAAGAGCUUUAAUCGACUGGAGACUCUCAAACUGCAUCAGCGCAUUCACACAGGAGUAAAACCGUAUUCCUGCUCAGACUGUGGGAAGAGUUUUACUACACAGAGUAAUCUCAAAAUACACCAGCGCAUUCACACAGGAGAGAAACCGUAUGAGUGCUCAGACUGUGGGAAGAGUUUUACUACACAGAGUUAUCUCAAAAUACACCAGCGCAUUCACACAGAAGAGAAACCGUAUCACUGUUCAGAUUGUGAGAAGAGUUUUGCUACACAGAGUCAACUUAAAAAUCACCAGCGCAUUCACACAGGAGAGAAACCGUAUCACUGCUCAGUCUGUGGGAAGAGUUUUAAUCAACAGAGUCAUCUCAAAAAUCACCAGCGCAUUCACACAGGAGAGAAAACUGUCCCAAAUUUGUUCCACGGCAAUAAAAAGCGCAAAUCGUAAAUCUUUCAGACAGAACACCUUAUCCUACACAAAUGUUUCACUUUGUCACUUGGGACUCGUUCCACCAGAACUGAAUUUAACAAUGGAUUUUACAGGUUCAGCAAAAUUAAUCUUAUCCAGCGAUCAUGUUUAUUGAAUUCCAUGUUAUGUUUUCUUAUAUGUUCGAUAUUCCAGAACAUUCUUCGUUAGACAGAGCUCAGUUUUUAGGGUAGUUAUGGAAGGAGUUUAGUUCUGAAGAAGGGAUAAACUUAGUCUUUAAAAUUAAGAUGUCAUAGUUAGAGUAGAAUUCUUAGCUGGGAACUAAACAUUUAGGACCAAAUCUUCAGAGCUUAUGAUUUUAAUCCCCUUUCUAGUAUAUGCAGAUUUGAUUAUUUCCAUGAAUUUCUAGUAUCUCUGUUUUCACUCUGUGGAAGCCGUCCUCAGUUCCCCAAGCUUAGCAUAGCUUAGCUUAAUACUAUUAACCACUAGGCCCAUCUGCAUGAAAGAAGAAGUGAAAACACCACCUGAGGAACUCCAGAGAGUGCUCCCAAAAGUGAGACCCAGAGCCACAGAGAGACGAGUGCCGGGUACUGCCGUGUGGACCGGAGGAGUAUCCAGACUCUGCAGAGAGGCCAACAAAUUCCUUUCCAGAGGUUAAAUAAAACGCUCCAUCUGUAGUUCCCAUACUGAAUCAACCUCCUCCAGGCUUGUGUAGCGCAGUGAGGUUGUGGGCUCAUUCAUUCCCUCUGAUGGUGUUCUUGUUUGUCUAUGGUUCAGUCGUUCUGAUUAAAAAUCUGUUAGCAUAGAGGGAUAUUUGGUUGUUGUAUUAUUCACGUUUUAUGCUCUCUUAUCUUUUCCUUAUUGAAUAUUAUAUGUUGCUAAAGGUUUUUAAUCUCCAAAAUGUACUAAGAAUAUCCAAAUCAUGUAGUUUCUUAAUUGUUUUUAUCCACUACAAACUAUUAUCUUUGUAUUGCUUCACCUCUAUAUUUACUCAUCUGUUUGUUUUAAUAAACGGCUUUUAGAUUGCA